GAACCAUCACAAAAAAUUGCCCUUAUCGAGAGAGCGAGGCGCAGCAGCAGCCACAAGCACCACCACCACAGUGUGUACGUCUUCUGCGAUGCGUGUGUUUUUUUCGGUGCAAAAUUCGUCGUAAAAGCGGUAGUGUUAAAAAAUUCCAACCCGUUGUCCACGUUCGCGCCGGUCGCAAAGUGGUGUUCAGUGUCACCGUUCGGGGCCACACGAAGCGUGCCCCGUCGAAAAAAGCCGUCAAAAUAAAGCCCCAAGCAGAGCAGGACCAGCAGCAGCAGGCGGAAGAGCGGACGGAAAGAGAAAGUGUGUCGUCCUCGUCGGACACUUCAUCGUCGUCUACUUCCGCUGUUGCGCUGCACCAGCUGCCGGAGGUGGACAUUUCCCAGCAGCAGCAGCAGCUCGAGUUGCACCUGCAGCAGGGCUGUUCGUCAGGUGCUUUGCCGUCUCUAGAGCAACAACAUCAACAACAGCAGCAGCAGCAGAUAGGACUGUUGCUAGUGGUAGCAGAAAACGACGACGCAGUUUCUUGCGGGGAGAGAACUGAUUCUGCUGCGGAAAGAUCACCCUCGAUCGAGGAGGCUGCUUCCACUGAGUUAAGGGCGGCAGGCGCUUCGGUAGAAAGCGGAAGACCGGAAGCGUCCGGUGGUAAUUGCUGUAAUAGCAGUUGUGCAGUUGUCGGCUUCAACGACAGCACCAGGCAGGGCUCGCGGGCUUCUCCGGCCAACGACACAAUGCCGGUGAAGGUAGACAUUGUGCCGCCACCGCCGAACAACUCCAAGCAGCUGGGCGUUACCAAGUCGCUGCUCUACAAUGGCUCCAAGUUCAGGGGCUUCCAGAAGUCCAAGGGCAAUUCGUACGAAGUUGAGGUGGUGCUGCAGCAUGUAGACGAAGCCAACUCGUAUCUGUGCGGGUACCUGAAAAUCACCGGCCUUACGUUCGAGUUUCCCACCCUGACGACCUUCUUCGAUGGGGAGAUAAUUUCCAAGAAGUAUCCCUUCUUGACCCGCAAAUGGGAUGCCGACGAGGACGUUGACCGGAAGCAUUUUGGAAAAUUUGCUGCCUUUGUUGACUAUCAGAAAAAUUUCAACUCGGACGAUUUUGACUACGAUGCGCUGCAGAAAAGCGACUAUGUUUUUAUGAGAUGGAAAGAGCACUUUUUGGUACCUGAUCACAAAAUAACGGAUAUCAAUGGAGCCUCGUUCGCGGGUUUCUACUACAUCUGCUUUCAAAAAUCGCAGGCGGUGAUGGAGGGCUACUAUUAUCACAGAUCCUCCGAAUGGUACCAAUCGCUUACGCUGGAGCACGUGCCGGAAUCAUGUAUCCAGAUUUACGAAUUUAGAUAAAUCUAACCUCAGUAACCCAGUGUAGGUAGAACACCCCGUUGCCCUGUGCACCGCAGCAGACACUCGUAAACGAAGAAAAAACAGCAACACGCGUUUCCCUUCCCCCCCUUUCUCCCCGCUUCGGUAGAAAGUCAUUGCUACCGGAACCUAAAUUUAAUUUGUUUUUAACACCUGUACGAUGUUAUCUAAGCUAAUAUUUUUACACAUAUAGAGCGACAACAAUUUAUUCAUAAGCAAAAAGAACAGCAACUUUAGAGCCGCGGCAAAAACGAUCUGCAUGAAAGAAGAAAAAAACAAAAAUCAUUUAAAAUGAUUCUGUGCCAUCUUCCCGUCUUGGUGACACAAAUCAGUCAGUCAGCUGCUGUUGUAGUCGAUUGUUAUUUCCCCUCUCCUUUGUUCCAACGAAAUUCGCUAAAUAAUGGUUAUUGUUACGGUCCAAAUAAUCGACCGUCAAAACAUUAAAAAAGCUGACAAAAAAAAAAAAAUAAAACGAUUACACUGCAAUAGUAAGAACAAUUAUUACCGCAUAUUCAGAACGAUUACGACACACAAUCGACAAAAGAACAAUUAUAAUACCCAACAACAAAAAUGCAACACGUUAAAUACUAGUGGGUUAAGACAGUUAAAGGUUGCAAAUAUUUUCUGUUUUUUCGUGCUAAAGCAUAGUGGGGACCGCUGCUGUUACGAAACUCGUCAUUAAUUACCAGCCUAGAUGUACUUUUUUUUACACAAAGCUUAAGUAACAAAAACUAGAAUUUUCACCCCCAAGUUAACGUAAGCAAAGUUAAACAAAUCUAAAGUUUGAAAUAAUUUAUCUUUAAAAAAUGCCAUCGUGUGUAACGUGUUAGGAAAACCCCUCCCAACCGGUUAAGAGGUAUCGAAAUUUAUUUUCAUUGAGUGCGGGUGGAAAAAAAUAAACGCAAUAGAACCGCGUGAUUAAUGACGCUUUGUGCCCACUGUUACACUUUUGUUCUUGCGAAAUGGAAUGUUUCCUUUUGCUAGCCCUUGGCGAGUUUUUGGCGCGGCAUUAAUAUGAUAUUAGUAGGCAUACAUAAUAUAGUUGUACUUUUCCAUCUCUAGCAAGUUUGGGUCGAAACUCGUAAUUACUUGUCACUUGAAAUGAAUACAUAUUAUAACAUAUAUGAAAUAUAUAUAUUUUCAAUAAAACGAAAGAUACCGCGAGGAUAAGAGCGCGGAAAAAACUGGUUUA